CGUCGUCAGUGUGUUGAUGCUCUUUGCAUCCGUCCUCCACAAACUCCUCGUCCUCCUCGUCCUCCUCUGGUCUUUCUCUGAUUUUUCUGGUCUCUGUCUUUCUUCUGGAGGACGUAGUUGUGUCUCAUCUCGUCUCGUCCCGGAGUGAAGAUGAUGUGACGGACUCUGGAGCAUGAUUCUACGAGCCUCAUGUUCACACAGUAAAUACGUCACUAAUGACUCUGACCGGAUAAUUUCACUCACUGUCACACAGAGUUAACCAGACAAAACCUUCUAGUGUACUGCAAUACUAGCCUUUAGCCUCGUUAGCCAAGAUGGCUGACCACUACCAGAACAACAUCUACCACCACCAAGAAGUGGGUGACAGCUACGGGACGUAUGGAGAGGGCCAUGAGGAAUACGGAUACCAGGCGGACUACCCUCCCCAGGAAGAGGACGCUGCAAGUGAUGUGACCGAAGGACACGAUGAAGAGGAUCAGAUGUACGAAGGAGAAUAUCAAGGCAUCCCACAUCCGGACGAGGUGAAGGCUGCUCCGAGAGAUGCACGGGCUAAAGCUCGAGCCACCGGUAGCGCCGUCUCGGAGCUGGAGGAGUUAUCGGAGCAGUACGAGGACAUCAUGCAGGACUGUGGACACGGGAAGUUCCAGUGGACGCUGUUCAUGGUUCUGGGUUUGGCUCUAAUGGCCGACGGCGUCGAAUGUUUCGUGGUCGCAUUCGUUUUGCCGUCAGCGGAGAAAGAUCUUUGUCUGUCCAACGCAGAGAAAGGAACUCUGGGUCUGGUGGUCUUCCUGAGCAUGAUGGUGGGGGCCUUCCUGUGGGGGGGUCUGGCUGAUAAAGUGGGCCGGCGUCGCUGUCUGGUCGUGGCCUUGGCUAUAAACUGCGUCUUUGCCUUCCUGUCCUCAUUCGCUCAGAGCUACGGCUUCUUCCUCUUCUUCAGGCUGCUGUCGGGCAUCGGCAUCGGAGGCAGCGUUCCCAUCGUCUACUCGUACUUCUCCGAGUUCCUCCAGAUGGAUAAGAGAGGAGAGCACCUGUCCUGGUUGUGCAUGUUCUGGAUGAUCGGAGGGAUCUACGCCUCCUUCACGGCCUGGGGCAUCAUCCCCACAUACGGCUGGGGCUUCAGUAUGGGCUCAGAGUUCCAGUUCCACAGCUGGAGGGUGUUCGUCCUGGUGGCUGCUCUCCCGGCCGUCACCUCUCUGGUGGGACUCACCUUCAUGCCCGAGAGCCCCCGCUUCCUCCUGGAGAACGCCAAACACGACGAGGCCUGGAUGAUCCUGAAACAGGUCCACGACACCAACUGGAGGGCCAAGGGUCAACCCGAGAAGGUCUUCACCGUGACUCACAUCAAGACUCCAAAGACGGCCGAGGACGAGUUCAUCGAGAUCCAGAGCUCCACGGGGACGCCGGUGCAGCGCUGGGCCGUCAGGUCCCUGACGCUCUGUAAACUGGUCCUGAGGAACGUGGCGUCCCUCCUGUCCCCUGAGCUGAGGCUGGCGACGCUCUUCAUGGCCGUCAUCUGGUUCUGCAUGGCCUUCAGUUACUACGGUCUCUCCGUGUGGUUUCCUGACAUGAUCAAAUACCUGCAGUACCAGGACUACGAGGCCAGGGUCAAGGUGUUCCAUAGAGAACGAGUGGAGAACUUCCAUUUCAACUUUUCUCUGGAGAACCAGAUCCACAAGGAGGGCGAAUACAUCCGGGACAAGUUCAUCAGUAUAGAGAUGAAGUCAGUGAAGUUUGAGGACUCUCUGUUUGAAGACUGUCACUUUGAGGACAUCAGGUCCACAGACACAGUGUUUGAGAACUGCACCAUCGUCUCCACUGUCUUCUACAACACAGACCUAUGGGAGGAGAAGUUCAUCGACUGUAGGAUGGAGAACACCUCCUUCCUAAACAACAAACAUGGCUGCCACUUGGACACCGAGGAGGACAACGACGUCCUCAUCUACCUGGUCAGCUUCCUGGGCAGCCUGGCCGUCCUCCCAGGAAACAUCAUCUCAGCCCUGUUCAUGGAGAAGUUCGGCCGAGUCAAGAUCAUAGGUGGAUCCAUGCUCAUUUCAGCCGGCUGCACCUUGUUCCUGUUCCUGAGCUUCAGUGAAUCAGCCAUCAUCGUCCUGCAGUGUUUGUUCUGUGGCGUCAGCGCCGCAGCCUGGAACGGCAUCGAGGUGGUUACCGUGGAGCUGUACCCCACCUCCAAGAGGGCGACUGCGUUCGGUGUCCUCAAUGCUCUCUGUAAACUCGCCGCCGUCCUGGGCAGCUCCACCUUCUCCGGCUUCGUGGGCGUCUCCAAGGCCGUCCCCGUCCUGUGGUCCUCGGCCGCGCUGGUGGGAGGCGGCCUGGUGGCGCUGAAACUGCCUGACACGAGGCAGAAGAUCCUCCAGUGAGGUGCCUGAGGAUGGGGGGGGAGUGGUGGGGGGUGGAAACAUGUCUGCUUCAGUGUGGAAGCUGUUUGACUCUGACUUCACUCCAAGAAAGAAGAGAAAAAGUCACAGCUGUUAAAUGUUGAGAGUCAAGAGCUCGUUUCUUCAUGUGAACCGUUUGUUUCAUAAGAUGUGGGGGAGGGGGUGAUGAUGGUGAUGGUUUUAUUUCCGGUUCCUCUUCAUGCGACGCAUGAGAAGGAAAAAUGUGCAAAACUUUUCUGCAAUUUCAACAGUUAACACAUGAAACAGAGAAAGAACAAAUAUUUACCUUGAAGAGACUGAAGUCAGAGUGAAUCCAUGUUGAAGAUGAAUUAAUGAGCCAAUUAAUGAACGAAUUAAUGAACUAAUUAAUGAACUAAUUAACGACUGUUUCUGCUCUUCAGGUUUGAAAUGAAACUAACACUUUGUGUCUUUGUCCUGCAUGAAAACUCACCUGGAAACAACCUGAGUCACUUAUUUUCACCUUCGCCUCAAACUCUGGACGGAUUUAUGCUCCUGUGUCACUGGUCCUCCUCAUCCUCCUUAUCCUCCUCCUCCUCUUCCUCCUCCUCUUCCUCCUCAUCAUCCUCCUCCUCUUCCUCCUCAUCAUCCUCCUCAUC